CACAUGUUAAGCUCCAAGUGGGCCGGUUAGUUCGGGAGCAAAGCGAGUACGAAGAAAGAGACAGAGAGGGAGAGAGAGAGGUGCUGGGUUUGAACAUGGCGUACAGGGUGCUGUGUGCUUCGAGAGUCGCCUCCUACCUGAGGAUCUCUGUCUUCCACAGAGGCUUCUCCACUGUUAUUAAGGAUUUGAAAUAUUCCGACACUCAUGAGUGGAUUAAAGUUGAUGGAUCUUCUGCAACGAUAGGAAUAACUGACCAUGCUCAGGAUCACUUAGGCGACGUUGUGUAUGUUGAAAUGCCAGAAGUCGGCACAACUGUAGCACAGGGAAAGGGUUUUGGUGCAGUUGAGAGUGUCAAGGCAACCAGUGAUGUCAAUUCUCCUGUCUCUGGAGAGGUGGUUGAAGUUAAUUCUGAGCUAACUGGUUCUCCUGGAUUGGUUAAUGCGAGCCCAUACGAGAAUGGCUGGAUUGUAAAGGUUAACAUGGGUGACACGGGCGAGUUGAAUUCGCUGAUGGACUCGGAGCAAUACUCCAAGUUCUGCGAGGAAGAAGAUGCUAGGCAUUGAGGAUUUUUGGAUUACAAAUGGUUCCAAGUUUCUGAAGCCUUGGUUGAGCAUGCAGGUUCUUGCAACACUCCACCCGUGCAAUAAUCACUCGUGGUUCCGUCUUUUUUGCCUUUUGUGUAGGGACAAUAUUUUCAGUGCUUCUCUUCAGUUUUCCAUCCAUCUUUCCUUUGCAGCAGACUAUGGUUUACUGCUGGACUGUUCAUUUUGGUGCUCAACAUUUAUUUAUAAAUGUCUCUUAAAGACCACCCUCGGUGCCUUGAAGUUUGACUA